AGGAUGUGUAGGAGUUCCUGGGGAGACAAAGUGGACAUUAGCAGAAGGAAUGUUUGCAAAAUCAGUUAAGACUUAGAAUGAGAAUUGACGUCCCGGAGUCCGCAGUUCUAAGAAGCAGGCAAUCCUGAGAAAAGCCGCUGGCUCAGAAACAGGGCCUGGGCACCGCUUCCUCUUUCUGCUUCUGUUUUCCAACAACGGCAGCAUAAAUAGGAAGCGUGAGAGGCGCUCAGCCACCGAGACUCCAGCAGGAGGCUGGUCUGUCCCACCACGGAGAGGCCUGGAGAAAACGAGUUCUGGAGGGAGGAUUCACAAGAACAGAUGACAAGGCUAUAGUCUGGCCCCCAACUGGGGAGGGACACAAGAUUCCAGGCCAGGAAGACCUGGACCCUGCUCAUCCACAGCUGACCCGGAGAUGGCGUCGCCCUGGUGGCUGCUCUUCAUGACCCUGCUGGCUCUGUGCUGGGGGCCCAGCAUGGCAGGGGCCCCAGACAGGGGAGGGGAGAGGUGUGACCCCCUCCUGGCCUCUCCCGGGCCGGGGACCGUCCCACUGCAGACCCUGCGCUGUCACAAUGACUACACCAGCCGCAUCGUGUGUGGGUGGGCCGACACCCAGGAUGCCCAGCGGUUCGUCAAUGUGACCCUCUACCGCAGGCUGAAUGAGAGCCCCCCGCAGCCGGUGUCCUGUGAGCUCAGCGACGACAUGCUCUGGUCAGAAUGCCCCUCUCCUCCCUGUGUGCCCAGAAGAUGCGUCAUUCCCUACACGCUGUUCGUCAAUUCUGACAAGGACAACUUCUCGUUCCAACCAGACAGGCCUCUGGGCGCCCAGCUCGCCGUUACUCUGAGCCAGAAUGUGCAGCCCCCCGCACCCACGGACCUCCGCAUCACUGCUACCACAGACCACUUCCAGCUGACCUGGAGUACGGCCCUCGGGUGUUCCCAGGGCCAGUGGCUGUCAGACCUGGAGUUUGAGGUGGUCUACAGGCGGCUUCAGGACUCCUGGGAGGAUGCCUCCACCCUCUACACCACCUCCCCGCAGGCCGAUCUGGGGCCGGAGCACCUCCUACCCAGCUGCACCUACGUGGCCCGAGUGCGCGCCCGGCUGGGCCAGGGCUCCAGGCUCUCUGGAAGGCCAAGCCCGUGGAGCCCAGAGGUUCACUGGGACUCCCAGCCAGGGGACAAGGCCCAGCCCCAGAACCUCCGGUGCGUCUUUGACGGGGGCGCCGUGCUCAGCUGCUCCUGGGAAGUAAGGUCCGAGGUGACCAGCUCCAUCUCCUUCACCCUCUUCUACAGGUCCGGCCCCGACGCAGAGGAGAAGGAGUGCUCCUCCGUGCUGAAGGAGGAGGCCCACGGCCCCCACACCCUGUACCGGUGCCAGGUCCCCGUGGCCGACCCCCAGAGCCACAGCCAGUACCUCAUCUCCGUUCGGCCGAAGGUGGAAGAGAAGUGUAUAAAGAGCUCUGAGAACAUCCAGAUGGCGCCCCCGACGCUCAGUGUGACCAAGGACAGAGACGGCCACGUUUUGCGCUGGGAGGUGGAGAAGAUGUCCUUCUCACACAUCAUGCACGCCUUCCAAGUCCAGUACAAGAAAGCUGCGGUCUCCUGGCAGGAGAGCAAGACUGAGCGCCUUCCCAACACCCGCGUCAUGCCGCUGCCGUCCCUGGAGCCCUCCGCCAGGUACCAGGCGAGAGUGAGGGUCAAGCCUGACAGCGGCUACAACGGGAUCUGGAGCGAGUGGAGCGCGGAGUGCUCCUGGGACACCGACUGGGUGCUGCCCACGUGGGGCCUGGCCUUCAUCCUGGUCUUCACCACCCUCACCUUACUCCCGGUCCUGCGCUUCUGUGGCCUAUAUUGGUACAGGCUGAACCGGAAGUGGGAGGAGAAAAUCCCCAACCCCAGUAAGAGCCACCUGUUCCAGAACGGGAGUGCGGGGCUCCGGCUCCCAGACAGCAUCCUCACCUGCAGGAGCGCCUCACACGGGGGGCCGUGGGACAGCCCCUUCCCUGGGCUGGACAGGGUGUCCCCUGUGGACGGCGUGCACAGCAAGGUGUCACAUCUUACUAUAGAGGACCCUAACCUUGCCAGCGACUCACCGUCUGAGCCUAAAACCACCCCAGCCACUUCAGACCUGCCCGCGGAGCUGCCCCCAAGCCUCCAGCCCUGCCUGCCAGCCGCCUCAAGCAGGCUUGAGAGGAAGGUUUCUGGCUUUGACUUCAACGGCCCCUACCUGGGCCCACCCCACAGCCUGUCCCUGCCGGAGCUCGUGGGCCCGGAGGUGCUCCCACAGACGGGCGUGAGCCACGAGCCGCCGUCCUCAGGGUCCCUGGAGUACAUGUGCCUGCCUGAAGGGGAGCAGGUGCAGCUGGUCCCGCUGGCCCAGGUGCUGGGACGGGGCCAGGCCGGGGGAGCAGAGAGAAGGCCCUGCCCCGGGGCCAAGGAGGCGAGCCCCUCCCUGGAGGCAGGGACAGACACUGCGCCCCCCGCACCUGCACUCACGCUCACGUUGUGGGGUCAGGGCAUGAAGGGUGGCCCCACAGCUCUGUCUAGUGGGGCUCAGGGCCCUGAGGGUGACACCAUGGUCUCUGAUUACGUCAGCACUGCAGACCUGGCACUCACCCCAUCCACAGGGGCACCAACAGCCCCCUGGGUGCCCCCUCUCAGCCUCCCCUCAGACCAGAACCACAGCCUCCCUCCUGUACUGGCCGGCCAGCCACCUGAGGCCUUGGCCCCCAUGACGUCAGUAUUUGACAGCUAUGUGGAGCUCCCUUCGGCCAUGGGCCAGCCCCCUAAGCCCCCUCUGGGCAGUCCUGCCCCUCCCAUAGCCAGCAGCCCCAUCCCGAGCCCCAAGGAGCCCCGGGUAGAGGUGACCCCAGUCUCCCCACACCCCGAGGGCCUCCUGGUCCUGCAGCAGGUGGGCGAUUACUGCUUCCUCCCUGGUGUCGGGUCCGGUGCGCUCUCACCCCAAAGUAAGUCCCCUUCUCCGGAACCCUGUCCUGAGAUCAGGGACCUGGACCAGGUGUUCCAGGUCAAGAAGUCUCCGCGUCAGUCCAUUCCCCAGGUGCCUGCCAUUCAGCUCUUCAAAGCCCUGAAGCAGCAGGACUACCUGUCGCUGCCGCCCUGGGACGUCAGCAGGCCUGGGGAGGUGUGCUGACCCCUGCAGCCCCCGGGGGGGCACGCGUGGAAGGGGCGUCUGCCUUCCCUCCCGCCUGCCUUCCUCUCACCAGCCUCGGGUUUUUUCCACCCUCAUUUCUACAACGCCACAGAAAGGAGACCAGAAAAAUGAGUGAACCACCUAACUUCUCCCUUGGCCUUUAGCAAGGUCAAGCUUCUCUCUCCCCCUGCACCCCUCCCCUGUCCCACUGACACACACACAGACACACACACACAGUUUUCUUUCAAGUUCGCCUAUUUUUAGGUUCUGAAUUAUUAGAACAUUCCAUACACACUCAUUUCGUGUGCCCUCAUUUUCUUUAUUACCAGGCUUUUGCUCAUUUCUUCUUUCUCUUUUCCCUGCUUUAGUAUUAGAGUGAGGUCCAAGCGAAGCAUGUUCUGAGAGGUCACGGCUCAGUCAGGGCCUAUUCUGAGGCGGGCGUGACAGGCCGUGUAGGAGGCCCUGUGUCCGCAGCCUGUUUGCAGCAGGUGCAAAUGCCAGAUCCAGGCCAGGGGCAGGGGGCGGGGGCACAGGGGCAGUGGGGCCCCGGGGGUCCGGGGCUUGGCUGAGCAGCGCAGGACUGCACCUGCCUUCCACCUGCCUUCGUCAGGCACUGUGGCCCCAGAUGUGGUGGCCAAGCACCGUUAUGUGACUCCAAGAAAUGGGUGUGGUAAGAGGGUGUGGUUAGGAAGAACCAUUCUGAGGUUGUGGGAAGCUGGGCAGGUCUCAGCUAAGUGGCAGGGAGGGUUGGGGCCAUAGGGCCUGCGCCGGGGGUGACCACCGACCUGCUUCCUGGCGGACUUCCUGCACCCAGGCUGGCGGGACCAGAAAAGUCAGGAGGAGAGGGGCGCUCGGAACCCACGUCUGCUGUGGGCAAGUUAGAAGAACUGCUCCGUCCUUUUUGCAGAAAGGCCUGCAAUGCCCACAGCCAAGUUCAAGGGGCUUGUGGCCUACGUCUAGGCCUAUGAAGGGAUCACAGUUCUUUUAAAUCUUUGCCUUCCUGCUAGGCAAAAAUUAUGGCAUUAAAUUAUUUUAAUUUUCAUUAUCUAAUAACUUUCAAGUUUGCACAUACUUUUUUAUCUCAUGGGCCUUGUUUUGUUUGCUUGUUUGUUUGUUUUGUUUUGUUUUACUGGGCUAUGCUCAGGGAGGACUUGGUUCUGUCAGGUGCUCGUCUUCUUCUGAUGAAGAUUUUAAAGCUGUUACGUAUGGUCUUCCACACACGGUGCUUGUUGUGUUUCCCCGGCAUAGGAUUUGCCUCUGAAUGUGUACGUGGGGCUUGUGGGCGCCCACAAAGCAGAGUUUCCUGUUCGGCCUCCCGGGGAACACCAGCAGGGCCCCACAAAGGCCUUCCCGCUUCCAAAGUGCACUCGUCCUAAUUUAUUUUUUCUAGUUCUUUCUGGGUUUCAGCCUUUUCAUGUAAAAUGGUCAUGCUUUUGGAAUGCACACACAGGAGCUGAGAGCUAGCCUCUGCUGCCUUCUAGCGAGUGGCCCGGGGGUCUUUGCAUUACUGGUUGGAUCUCCUGUUCCUCGUCCAUGUGUAUGAAAUGCCAGUUUUACGACACAGAAAGUCCCUGAAUGUGCUCAGUCCAUUUCUAGGCUUUGGACUUUAUUGUUCUCUGAAUGGCACCUGCCACUUUGAUGGGUCUUUCUAGCUUUAUAAGUUUUAACAUGUGGUAGAGCAAGCGUUCUUGUUACUUUUUGUUCACAAAUCCCUGUUCAUCUCAACAAUGUUUGUGGGUGAGGAAGAUUAUACACGACUUGAAUAUUCACCAAGAGUGAAAUUAAUACCAGUGCUUUUUGUACAUUCUAAAGUAGAAACCUAUGUUACGAGUGAAUGAGGGAAACCUACUGUAUCAGAAAGAAGUCCUAGACGUUAAUUCCAAAAUGUUCAGACAUUGUUACCUAGGAAAAAAUUGCAAUAAAAUGUUUUUAAUUCUAAAACCAA